AUGUCUCUCGAGCCAGAUCCGCGACACCCCGACGGUCCUGCGCCGCCCGCGUUCAACUUCACCUUUGACCCAUCCGUGGCCGCGUACGACGUUCCACUGCAGACGUACGUCGACGCGCAUCCCGAGUUCGACGCCGUCGCCACCGGGGCCCUCGUCUUCUCGCGCGAACCGGCCACAGGCGCCCGCCGCAUCCUCCUCCUGCAGCGCGCCGCCCAUGACUCCAUGCCGCUGCGGUGGGAGAUUCCCGGCGGAGCCUGCGACCUCGACGACCCCACGCUGCUGCAUGGGCUCGCACGCGAGCUGUGGGAAGAGAGCCGCGUCGUGCUACGACACGUCUCCGCGCUGGUGACUUUGGGUUCCGGCGCGCCAGACCUUGGCAAGGGCUCCCAGGACGGCGCCGUCUUCUUCUCGCGCCGAGGCCUGCGCAUCAUUAAAUACUCCUUCUUAGUAGAGGCUGAGGAGCCCAUCGAAGUCGUGCUCGACCCGAAUGAGCACGCCAACUUUCUGUGGGCGACGGAGGAGGACGUUCGCACGGGCAAGGUUGGCGACGUGAAGCUCACCAUGACGACAGACCAGCAGGCAGCCACCAUUAGGGAGGCUUUUCGACUUGCGAGUCAAUAG